CGAAUCGCUCCAUUAGUGAGGAAUAAGCAAGUGAGGGUGCUAUCACUUAUCAACUGCAUUUUGACAAUGAUCAACAUGAUUUUUUUCCUUGCUCUUCUGGCACUCAGUUGCUGGCUUGUUGCACUUAAAAUGAAGGCAUAUUUUGAGCUUCGCCAAGCUGAUAUGCCUUGUUUGUACCAAUUUAAGCCAUGGUCCGAGUGUUCUGCAACUUGUUGGGCUGAAAAUGAAUCGAUGCCACUUAUGAAACGUGAAAUUGACGAAACAAAAUUAGUAUUAGCACGUGGAAAGAGCUUUGCAAAAUGUCCACCAAACAUUAAAAAGGGUUUAGUACAACGAGCUCCAUGUAAUUUGCAGAAGUAAUA